ACCACACUCCGCGGAAAGUAUUCUCCAUCAACUUACAGCAAGAUAUCUUGCAUUUCGGCUACGAAAUACCAAAAUGGAGCAGGUAGCUUCUAAUCAACGACCGUACAGGUCCCAUCUUCGACCGGCCUGUAUUCCAUGCCGAAAACGCAAGUCCCGCUGCCAGUCCGAGGCAUCUUCCAGCUGCUGUCUCAUGUGCCGGGCACAUCGCACGGAUUGCAUCUUUCCCACGGAAUCUCGCUCAAGUUCUCGAACCCCUCGGCGUCGGAGACAAGCAAGGCUGUUGACAACUAGAAGUCCCCGUCAAAUCAGCCUGGCACCGGGACCCCCGGCAGGAUCCAUCUCAGACAACUCUACUGUCGAGCAGACAGUGUCUGUUAUAGAACCAGCCUUGACUUCAGCCCUUAACAGGUCGUCGAGAAACACCACGUCCCAUGAGCACCGAGUGUCCAACGUCUCUCCCGCGGUGCCAAGAAGCACAGAAUGGCCCCAACAAAACGCUCAAUCGGAGGAGUCACCUUUGGCGUUGGGCUCAAACGACGAACAACCGCACAAUCUUCACAUAGUUGGGCCUGCGGUCACUUCGGACAACCAGGUUUUGUCGGACUACUUAUCUUCCAUGCCUAGUGCCUCAAGGGGUUCACGGUUUAUCAGACCAGCCAUAGGCAAUAGAUCUCGACCUGUGCUAUUUACUACUGUACAGAAACGACCAGUUGGGUUGGAUUCGAACCUCAGUUUCGCAGAGGAAAGAUUGCAGCUUAUAGAGAAGAUAUUAGAGCCUUUCACCGGUGAUCUUCUCGACGUCUAUUUUGAUAAGGUCAAUUCUUCCUUUCCUCUUCUUGAUGAAGCACAUUUUCGUAAGCAAUAUAGAGAGAACAAAUCCGGAAUAUCGCCAGCGCUUCUCAGUGGCUUAUACGCCCACUCGAUAACCUUCUGGAAUAGCUCUCCUAUUCUUUCUCGCCAUCGAUGUCCUGAUGGACGCUUCAUCUGGAAUCUUGCGACUGAGGCAGCUUAUUCCCAGAUACAUAGAUCUCCAGGAAUAUCCACCAUAGAAGCCUUGGUUCUGAAUAUAGGCGGUCGUGAAGUGACUGCUUUGAUUGGAAAUGGCGUUUUAUUGGCGUCUUCAGUUGCUAUGGCACAUUCCCUGGGUUUGAACCACAGUCCAAUACCCUGGGAAAUACCACAGUCUGAAAAGAAUUUAAGAAUGAAGAUCUGGUGGGCUCUGUUGAUUCACGAUAAAUGGUUGAGUCUUUCACAUGGAACCCCACCACUCAUCUCUCCGACUCUAAAUGAUGUGCCCCAACCUCUCGUAGAGAAUCUUUGUGAAGAAGGGUCUUCUUCGGACCGAGCUCUCAAUGCUUCAGUGUACAUUGCUCUAGUAAGCCUGACCGAGGUUCUAGACUUACACUUAAGGCACGUCCAUCAAUUCAGCCUUUCAGAUGAAUCCACAGAUACGACACAUUUGGAAUUGGCUCUGAAUAAUUGGAUAGAAACUCUGAGCGACGAAAUCCGCCGGAUUGUCAUUCGUGGAAAUAACCUGAGAAUUCCUGGUGCUGCUAACCUUCGCUUGUCAUAUCUGACAGUCAGACUACUAUUGCAGAGAAUCGAACUUGAAGCUGAAAAGCGUGAUCGCGACACAGGGGAUAGUCGCCUGCUGAAUCGUUAUAUGCAAGCUCGGAGAACUGCAGAGGAUAUUCUCAUCUUGACGCAAGAGUUACAGCCCGAACAUUUGGCUGAUUGCUGGUUACCAAGCAGCGCUUUUGCAUUUUCGACAACUGUUAGCUUCCUUCUCCGAUGUGCACUUGAGACAGAAAACUCAACAUCGGGGUUAGUUCAAAGCAGCUCAUUGAGGAUCGCCUCGGAUUUAUUGUCGGCUCUUCGUGAACAUAAAGAGAAGCAUGACUGGGAUCUGGGUGAUAUUUGUUUGGCCCAACAUGCAGACGUUGUCGAGAAGCUACGGGCCAUGACGCCGCCUGAAGACCCAAGUUCUGAAGAGGCUUUGGACUUUUCUAGCUUUGCUAUGGCGGAAUCUUCUUACCUCGAUCAGCUUUUCCCAAGUCUAUGGGACCCUCUGCAGAAUGUGUGGUAAUAAACAGCAAUUCUUUUCCGCGGGAAACUUGUCGGAUGUUCACAUCGGCUCAGCCGUAUAAGCAACUCUGUGCUUGUUACUUGCGGCUACGCAUUAAACACAUGCAUGCUAUCCCUCGCGUCUUUUUGUGAAGAACAUUGUGCCU